AUGCAGAAGGUGAAGGAGCGGCUGCUGUGUCAUGCCAUCGUGGGGAAGGAGAAGAGAAAGAAGCAGAUAAUGCAAGUGGAUGUCAGCUGCGAGUUCAUUUUUCCCCUCGUGCAAAUAUCUUCCAGAGAAAUCAUGUUCCGUGUGGAGAAGUCGCCCAGUGAUGUCCUGACUCUCCUAUAUAAGCCUCUGUCUUUAAAAAACAACUGUUCCCUGCCACUCAGCAUUGUGCUGGACUUGAAGAAGCCAUUCCUAAUCUGUGAUGUGGACCAGCAGCCCCUCCCUGAAGAUGCUCAGCCCAUAAAACUGGACAACGGGGAGAAACUUCAUCUCCACAUCCAGUUUAACCCAGCUUAUAAAAAGGAUUUGAAUAGCUGGGUAGCAGAGAAGACACUGACCAUGAGGUUCAUGGAGCAUCCCCAUGAGGAGCAGAUCACCAUUCGGGGAGAAGUCCACUUCCCAAACCUGCAUAUCCAGACCAAGGCCCUGGACUUUGGCUACAUCAUGAAUGGCACUGAGAAAGUGGAUUGUGUGGCAAUGACCAAUUGCAGCCCAAUCCCUGUCCACUACCACUGGUCCUUCCAGACAGACAGCCAGGUGAACACCAUAAGGUUCAACCCUUCACCACCUAAAUUCAAACCCAAACCACCAAAGAAGGAGAGAGACUCUUUGAAGUACUCAGUGUUGCCAAGGAGGCAGUUCAGUGCUGAAAGUGUGGAGGAGCCAACUAAAGGCCUUGAAGCAGUGCAGGAUCCUGCCCAACAGCCAGCAGGUUCAGAGGAUGUCCUGGGAGCAGUGCAGGAUCCUACCCAACAGCCAGCAGGUUCAGAGGACUCUUUGGGAGCAGAGCAGGAUCCUGCCCAACAGUCAGCAGGUUCAGAGGAUGUCCUGGGAGCAGUGCAGGAUCCUGCCCAACAGUCAGCAAGUUCAGAGGAUGUCCUGGGAGCAGUGCAGGAUCCUGCCCAACAGCCAGCAGGUUCAGAGGAAUCCCUGGUAGCAAAGGUGCUGCCAUCCACUGCUGUGGAGCCUCUGAGCCUGGAGACCAUGAAGGGAUUGAGGCAAUUCAUGGGGGUGGAGAACCUUGCCUUGAGAAUGGAAGAGGUUUUCGAUGUCCAGCCGUUGUUCGGUGUGCUGCAGCCAGGUGAGAGCCAGCACGUGCUCUUCACCUUCUUUGGCCACCCCAACAUCGUCGCCCGUGUCACGGCGCUGUGCCACGUGGAGGGAGGCCCCACCUACGAGGUGGAGCUGAGUGGGGGGACUUCGGACCUCAGCUACCACCUGGACACCUAUGACAUCGACUUUGGGCUGCAGCUGUUUAACGAAGUCAUCCAAGCAGAGGUCACCCUGCAGAACACCGGGGUGAUUGGAUUCAACUACAAGGUGCUAGACCCCAGCACUGCCAGGGCAGACAGCCCUCUGCCUGGUGAGCCCGUGGUCGUGCCCAGCACGGGUUACAUUGAACCUGGGAAGGAGCAAGUGUUGAAAGUCUAUUACCUGCCAGGAGAACUAGGAGUCUUCUGCAGCACUCUCCAGAUCCAAGUGGGUCACCUGGAACCAGCAGAAAUCUCCCUGAAAGGAGAGGGAACCUUUCUUAGGAUCUCUUUGGACCUGCCCUGGAUUGUCAAAGGGCAUGAAAUAUUUGAGAAGAUACUGAAAGAGAUAAAAGAAAAUGUGCAAGAAGACAGGCAGAGUGAUGAAGCAGAUGUUCUGUCAGAGCCUGCAUCCGUAGAGCCAUCCAUGGAUGACCCUGGCAUCGAGGAGCAGCAGCAUCCACUUGCCCCAGGAAACGAGGAGAUACUGAAAGAGACAAUAGAAAAAGAGGAAGAAGAGACUCAGAUCGAUGAAGAAGUUGCUAUCGAGGAGGCGUCCGAGGAAUCGUCCGAGGAAUCGUCUGAGGAAUCGUCUGAGGAGUCAUCUGAGGAGUCAUCUGAGGAGUCAUCCACAGAGUCAUCCACGGAAUUGUCCACAGAGCCAUCCGAGGAGCCAUCCGAGGAGCCAUCUGAGGAGCCAUCCGAGGAGCCAUCCGAGGAGCCAUCUGAGGAGACAUCCAAGGAGCCACCUGAGGAGCCAUCCAAGGACCCACCUGAGGAGACAUCCAAGGUGCCAUCUGAGAAGCCAUCCAAGGUGCCAUCUGAGAAGCCAUCCAAGGUGCCAUCUGAGAAGACAUCCAUGGUGCCAUCCAUGGCUGCCCGUGACACUGACUCUGACACUGACGAUGGCAUCGUGUGGGACACUUGGAUGCAGAGAGAGAUGGAGCAGAUGCUCAUAAAGCAGCAUGUCCUGGAGCAGCAGAGAAUUGUAACCUCCCGUCCCCCAGAGCUCAGGGGCUUUGACAAGAACAUUCGUCAGAAGCUUGUCCAGGUUGAGCUGCCCGACUACAUCCUGGACAUGGGCAGCGUCACUCGCUGUGACACUGAGACACACACUGUGGACAUCACCAACACCGGGCCCCUCCCGGUGUCCUUCCAGAUUGAGACACGUGUCCUGCAGGACAAAGGUUUCAGUCUGGACCUGGACCAGGUGCAGUGCCUGCCCUACUGCAACACUCAGAGGAUUGAAGUGCUUUUUGACAGUACCAACUUGCCAGUUGGAGAGGUGGAUGCACGCCUGCCCAUCGAGGUAACAGGAAGCUACACAGUUCACAUCCAUCUCUUUGCUACUGUGACUGAGCAUAGCAUCCAGAAAGAAGAGCCUCCUGACCUGCACAGCCCCUCACCAUUGACGUGCUCUGAGAGAGGCAAGAGACGUGACGGCCGGAGAUCUAAAUCUGCCUUUAAAAGGAUUUUCCAAGCUGAGAGGCCAACCAAGGGUGGAGAAAUGAAAUCAGCCUCUAAAGAACCCAAUUAACCGAGAUAUGAACAAAUUGAGCAAUAAGAACCUGGAGGACUGGCAUUGGCACACCUCCUUUACCAAUAAAGCAGG